AUGUCCUCCUACGGCAAAAUCAACGAGCAUGAACAAGCCAAACUCGAAGCAAGUCGUAGGACGAGAAAGAGAAUCACCAUUAUCGCUAUCUCUUCCAUCGUCCUCGUCUGCAUCGUGGUGGGAGCAGUCGUAGGCACCACAGCUAACAAUAACGGCAAGAAACCCUCGUCAACGGAAGGUAACGGUGAUACAAUCUCUGUCUCGGUGAAAGCCGUAUGCGACGUGACAUUAUACAAAGAAAAAUGUUUUAAGACCGUUGGAUCAGCUCCAAACGCGAGCACACUAAACCCUGAGGAGCUGUUCCGCUACGCUGUCCAAAUCACACUCACGGAGCUGACAAAAGUCCUCGACGUGUUCUCCGACAGGGAACACACGGACAAAGCCACGUCAAAAGCAAUGGGAGCUUGCGUGGAGCUUAUCGAGCUAGCCGUUGACCAACUCAACAAAACGAUGACGUCAAUGAAAGACAACACGAAGUCGUCUUCCGAGAGUCUUGACGAUCUCAGGACGUGGCUUAGCUCCGUUGGUACGUAUCAAGAAACGUGUAAGGACUCGUUGAAAGAAGCCAAGAACCCUAACUCGACGGCAUUUGGAGAAACGCAUUUGAAAGACUCCACGGAGUUGACUAGUAAUGCGUUAGCGAUCAUAACGUGGCUAGGGAAAAUCGCUGACUCGGUUAAGCUAAACCAUCGUCGUUUACUGACGACUGCUCGUACCAAUGACUUGCCGAUGAUGGGAGCGGGAGGUAGAAGGCUUUUGGAGAGUGGUGAUUUGAAGAAGAAAGCGACGAUAGUGGUGGCGCAAGAUGGGACGGGGAAGUAUAGGACGAUAAGUGAGGCGUUAGAGGAAGUGGAGGAGAAGAAUGAGAAGCAUACGAUUAUAUAUGUGAAGAAAGGAGUUUACGUGGAGAAUGUUAGGGUUGAGAAGAAGAAAUGGAAUGUUGUGAUGGUUGGUGAUGGACAGAGUAAGACUAUUGUCUCUGGUGGACUUAACUUCAUCGAUGGAACCCCAACGUUCCAGACCGCUACAUUUGCUGUCUUCGGAAAGGGAUUCAUGGCUAGGGACAUGGGUUUCCGCAACACUGCUGGUCCAGCCAAGCACCAAGCCGUAGCACUUAUGACGAGUGCAGACUUAGCCGUGUUCUACAGAUGCACCAUGGAUGCUUUUCAAGACACACUUUACGCUCAUGCACAACGUCAGUUUUAUCGCGAGUGUGACAUCAUUGGAACAGUCGAUUUUAUAUUCGGAAACGCUGCGGUUGUUUUCCAAAACUGCAAGAUCUUACCUCGUCGUCCUAUGAAAGGCCAACAAAUCACUAUAACCGCUCAGGGAAAGAAAGAUCCGAACCAAAACACUGGAAUCUCUAUCCACAAUUGCACCAUCACUCCUUUUGAUAACUUAAUUGAUGUUAACACGUUCCUAGGCCGGCCCUGGAAAGAUUUCUCCACCACGGUGAUCAUGAAGUCUUUCAUGGACGGAUUUGUCAACCCUAAAGGGUGGUUACCGUGGGUAGGAGAUAAUGCACCAGAUACUAUCUUCUAUGCCGAGCACUUAAAUUUUGGGCCAGGAGCCUCCACUAAGAACCGAGUUAAGUGGAGAGGGUUGAGGUUGUUUUUAACAAAGAAGGAAGCAAAUAGGUUUACAGUUAAACCUUUCAUCGACGGGAAAAAGUGGUUGCCGGCGACUAAAGUUCCAUUCAAAGCUGAUUUUUGAUUCUUUUUACCUGACAUGCAUGCACGUUCUUUAAUUUGUUUUGUAACGAACAUACAACUUUUCAUUCCAGUUUUCUUCAUAUGUUGUGUGGCUUUCAAAGUUUCUGAAUUUGUUUCUUA